AUGUCUCAACACCCCUCUCGAGGACCUCCUUAUGGAGGUUCGAGCGGCUGGUCACCGGCAGGUCGGCCUACGGCACUGAGUCCUUUUAGACCAGCCUCCCCUUACAGUCCAACUCCAAUGCCUUAUCAACAGCAACAACGAGCUCCUCAAGUUUACCAUCCCUUAAGUCCGGUACCUAUAGGCGUACCUAUCUCGCCGGGUAUAUCGCCUGUGCUUGGUGGCUCAACGCCAACUUCAAUACAAUGCCCCAGUCCACGCUGGCCGUCGCCAGGAAUGCCGGGUAAUACUACGCCCAGACCAUAUUUCCCACAACCACAGAGCCCCUUGAGUUAUGAGUGUAUGUCACCUCAACCGUGCGGCCCGCCCGAGUACCUAAUAGCACCCUAUCGUUCGGGUGAAUAUGAGUAUGUUGGUGUACCACUGGAUCCGGGCCCUGAUGACGAAGAUUCCGGUCCUAGUACUGCUGAAAUUAUAGCUAGCCAGAGUCAAGAUUACGUCGACGAGAAAUUGGCUGAAUACCAAGCUACUAUUUUACAAUUGCAGGUAAUUGAUUUGAUUUACUGGUGA